UGGCCGGGGCGGGCAGGUCGCCGCCUCGAGAUCUGGCACGAAAGCCGCACAGGCUGUGAGGGUGUUGGCGGGGUGUCGAGAGGAGGCGCGGGGGCCCCGGCGAGGGUCCGGCCCUUGGGGUCCGGCCUGAAGCGGGAAGGGGUUCUGGAGCUGAGGUGGCAGGGAGGCAAGAUGACAUCUCUCCCUCAAGCUUGGAACAGCUGAAGGAAACAACAGGACAAGAUGAGAACAACCAAGGUCUACAAACUCGUCAUCCACAAGAAGGGCUUUGGGGGCAGUGAUGAUGAGCUAGUGGUGAACCCCAAAGUAUUUCCUCACAUCAAGCUUGGAGACAUCGUGGAGAUUGCUCACCCCAACGAUGAAUACAGCCCUCUGCUUUUGCAGGUCAAGUCACUUAAGGAAGAUUUACAGAAAGAAACUAUCAGUGUGGACCAGACCGUGACUCAAGUGUUCCGUCUACGACCUUAUCAAGAUGUCUAUGUAAAUGUCGUAGACCCUAAGGAUGUGACCCUUGACCUAGUGGAAUUAACCUUUAAGGAUCAAUACAUUGGUCGUGGGGAUAUGUGGCGACUAAAGAAAAGUUUGGUCAGCACAUGUGCCUAUAUCACUCAGAAGGUGGAAUUUGCUGGCAUCAGGGCACAGGCUGGUGAGCUGUGGGUCAAGAAUGAGAAGGUCAUGUGUGGCUAUAUCAGUGAAGAUACCAGGGUGGUGUUCCGUUCUACGUCGGCUAUGGUUUACAUAUUUAUUCAGAUGAGCUGUGAAAUGUGGGAUUUUGAUAUUUAUGGGGAUCUAUAUUUUGAGAAAGCUGUGAAUGGUUUCCUUGCUGAUCUUUUUACCAAGUGGAAGGAGAAGAACUGUAGUCAUGAAGUGACAGUGGUCCUAUUUUCUAGAACUUUCUAUGAUGCGAAAUCUCUUGAUGAAUUUCCUGAAAUAAACCGAGCUUCAAUUCGACAGGAUCACAAGGGGCGAUUCUAUGAAGACUUUUAUAAAGUGGUGGUGCAGAAUGAGAGGAGAGAAGAGUGGACUUCACUCCUCGUGACCAUUAAAAAACUCUUCAUCCAGUAUCCAGUGUUGGUGCGACUGGAACAGGCAGAGGGCUUUCCUCUAGGAGACAAUUCUACCUCAGCGCAAGGAAACUACCUAGAGGCUAUCAAUCUGUCAUUCAAUGUGUUUGACAAGCAUUACAUCAACCGUAACUUUGACCGAACGGGGCAGAUGUCUGUGGUGAUCACGCCUGGGGUGGGCGUGUUUGAAGUGGACCGUCUGCUCAUGAUCCUCACCAAGCAGCGGAUGAUAGAUAACGGAAUUGGCGUGGACUUGGUGUGCAUGGGGGAGCAACCUUUACAUGCUGUCCCAUUGUUCAAGCUUCAUAAUCGGAGUGCACCGUGCGAUUCUCGUCUGGGUGAUGACUACAAUAUUCCUCACUGGAUAAACCACAGUUUCUACACGUCCAAAAGCCAGCUCUUUUGUAACAGUUUCACCCCACGGAUAAAACUGGCAGGAAAAAAGCCUGCCUCUGAGAAAGCAAAAAAUGGCCGUGAUACAUCUCUUGGGACUCCGAAAGAAUCUGAGAAUGCCCUUCCCAUCCAAGUAGAUUAUGAUGCCUAUGAUGCUCAAGUGUUCAGGCUGCCCGGCCCAUCCCGAGCUCAGCGCCUCGCCACCUACAGGUCUGUGCGAGAGCGGGAGAGUCACAAUCGAAAGAGUGCCAGCUCCUGUGAUGUCUCAUCCAGCCCUUCCCUGCCCAGCCGUGUGCUCCCCACUGAGGAAGUGAGGAGCCAGGCUUCUGACGACAGCUCCCUGGGCAGGAGCGCCAACAUCCUGAUGAUCCCACACCCCCACCUGCACCAGUAUGAAGUCAGCAGCUCCUUGGGCUACACCAGCACUCGAGAUGUCCUGGAGAACAUGAUGGAGCCACCACAGCGAGACUCUAGCGCGCCGGGGAGGUUCCACGUGGGCAGUGCGGAAUCCAUGCUACACGUUCGACCUGGGGGCUACACGCCCCAGCGGGCACUGAUUAACCCCUUUGCCCCCUCGCGAAUGCCCAUGAAGCUUACCUCCAACAGAAGGCGCUGGAUGCACACUUUUCCUGUGGGACCAUCCGGAGAGGCCAUCCAGAUCCAUCAUCAGACCCGACAGAAUAUGGUGGAGCUACAGGGUAGCGGGCAGAGGGACCCAACCCACUCCUCUGCAGAGCUGCUGGAGUUAGCCUAUCAUGAAGCUGCUGGAAGGCACAGCACUUCCCGCCAGCCUGGUGACGGCAUGUCCUUCUUGAACUUCAGCGGAACAGAAGAGCUUUCUGUCAGCCUGCUUAGCAACAGUGGUGCAGGUAUGAAUCCUAGGACCCAAAAUAAGGAUUCUCUAGAGGACAGUGUUUCUACCUCUCCAGACCCGAUUCUGACACUGUCUGCUCCCCCUGUAGUGCCAGGCUUCUGUUGCACAGUUGGAGUGGACUGGAAGUCUCUCACUACUCCGGCGUGCCUCCCCCUUACUACCGACUACUUCCCCGACCGCCAGGGCCUGCAGAACGACUACACGGAGGGCUGCUACGAUCUCCUCCCAGAAGCGGACAUGGACAGGAGGGAUGAGGAAGGUGUGCAGAUGACGGCCCAGCAGGUGUUUGAAGAGUUCAUUUGCCAGCGUCUCAUGCAGGGCUAUCAAAUCAUAGUGCAGCCCAAGGCACAGAAACCCAACCCCGCCGUCCCACCCCCGCUGAGCAGCAGCCCGCUCUAUAGCCGAGGCCUUGUGUCCCGAAACCGCCCCGAGGAGGAGGACCAGUACUGGCUGAGUAUGGGCAGAACUUUCCACAAAGUGACACUGAAGGAUAAGAUGAUCACAGUGACGCGGUACCUUCCCAAGUACCCUUAUGAAUCUGCCCAGAUCCACUACACCUACAGCCUCUGCCCUUCCCACUCAGACUCAGAGUUCGUCUCCUGUUGGGUGGAGUUCUCCCACGAGCGGCUGGAGGAGUACAAGUGGAAUUACUUGGACCAGUAUAUCUGUUCUGCUGGCUCCGAGGACUUCAGCUUAAUCGAGUCUCUCAAGUUCUGGAGGACCCGCUUUCUGCUCCUGCCAGCCUGUGUCACUGCCACCAAGCGCAUCACGGAGGGGGAGGCCCACUGUGACAUCUAUGGGGACAGGCCCCGGGCAGAUGAGGAAGAGUGGCAGCUCCUGGAUGGCUUUAUCCGCUUUGUGGAGGGCUUGAACCGGAUCCGCAGGCGGCAUCGUUCAGAUCGCAUGAUGCGGGGCCUGAAGGCAGCAGAUGGAGCAGCACGCUUGGGGCAUGAGUCGCGUCUGCCGAGGGAACCGACUCGGGCUGAUGGCCUUGUCACCUCUUCUCUGCUUCAGAAAGGGACCACCAUGAAAGGCUUGCAGAUGACUGGGCCCAUUUCCACGCACUCCCUUGAGUCGACCGGCCCCCCAGUUGGCAAGAAGGGAACCUCAGCUCUGUCUGCCCUGUUGGAGAUGGAGGCCAGUCAGAAGUCCCUAGGAGAACAGCAGGCAGCUGUGCAUGGUGGCAAGAGCUCCGCCCAACCAGCCGAGAGCAGCAGCGUUGCCAUGACUCCCACCUACGUGGACAGCCCACGAAAGGAUGGGGCCUUCUUUAUGGAGUUUGUCCGCAGCCCACGCACAGCAUCAUCCACCUUCUACCCGCAGGUGUCUGUGGACCAGACGGCUGCCCCGGUGUUGGACAGCACCAGUUUGGGGGUAAGCACAGGCCAAUCCGUGGACAGAGGCAACAGCCAGACUUUUGGGAACUCCCAGAACUCAGGGGAACAGGGCUUCCCCUCUGCAAACCUCAGUGACAACAGCUCUCAGCAGCUGGCAGUAAGCUCCUUGACAUCAUCCUCCACCCUCACGGAGAUCCUGGAAGCCAUGAAGCACCCCUCGACAGGAGUCCAGCUGCUCUCUGAACAGAAGGGCCUCUCGCCGUGCUGCUUCAUAAGUGCAGAGGUGGUGCACUGGCUGGUGAACAAUGUGGAGGGGGUCCAGACGCAGGCGAUGGCCAUUGACAUCAUGCAGAAAAUGCUGGAAGAGCAGCUCAUCACGCACGCAUCUGGUGAAGUCUGGCGGACCUUCAUUUAUGGCUUCUAUUUCUACAAGAUAGUAAUGGACAGAGAGCCCGAUCGAGUGGCCAUGCAGCAGCCCACCACCUGGCACACGACGGCGGUGGACGACUUCGCCAGCUUCCAGCGCAAGUGGUUUGAGGUGGCCUUUGUGGCUGAAGAGCUCUUGCACUCCGAGAUUCCUGCCUUCCUCCUGCCCUGGUUGCCCAGCCGGCCAGCCUCCUAUGCAAGCAGGCAUAGCUCCUUCAGCCGCAGCUUUGGAGGACGGAGCCAGGCAGCUGCGCUUUUAGCUGCCACUGUCCCAGAGCAGAGGACUGUGACCCUGGAUGUGGACGUGAACAACCGCACAGACCGGCUGGAGUGGUGCAGCUGUUAUUACCAUGGCAACUUCUCCCUGAAUGCGGCCUUCGAGAUCAAGCUCCACUGGAUGGCAGUGACCGCUGCCGUCCUCUUUGAGAUGGUCCAGGGUUGGCAUCGAAAAGCCACCUCCUGUGGCUUUUUGUUGGUCCCGGUUUUGGAGGGUCCCUUUGCGCUGCCCAGUUACCUGUAUGGAGAUCCACUUCGAGCCCAGCUCUUCAUCCCGCUCAACAUCAGCUGCCUGCUGAAGGAGGGCAGUGAGCACCUGUUUGACAGCUUUGAACCAGAAACAUACUGGGAUCGAAUGCACCUUUUCCAGGAAGCCAUUGCACACAGGUUUGGGUUUGUGCAAGAUAAAUAUUCUGCCUCUGCUUUUAAUUUCCCCGCUGAGAACAAGCCUCAAUACAUCCACGUUACAGGAACAGUGUUCCUACAGCUGCCCUACUCCAAGCGCAAGUUCUCAGGGCAGCAGCGGCGGCGGCGGAACUCCACCAGCUCCACCAACCAGAACAUGUUCUGUGAGGAGCGGGUGGGCUACAACUGGGCCUACAACACCAUGCUGACCAAGACGUGGCGCUCCAGCGCCACGGGGGACGAGAAGUUUGCUGAUCGGCUCCUGAAGGACUUCACGGACUUCUGCAUCAACCGCGACAACCGCCUGGUCACAUUCUGGACGGGUUGCCUGGAGAAGAUGCAUGCUAGCGCCCCAUGAGGCCAGGCUGCGCUGGGGUCAGAGGAUGGGGCGAUCCGGUCUUGCUAUUGAUAUUCAAUAGGAUCAGUCAGGCUCUGGGCAUCAGAGGUCAGUUUGCCACUGUGGGUGGGUGGGGGCCAUGGCCAGUGCUUCUUUCCCCCACAAGUGUUCUUCCACUCGAAGAGAAAGUCUUUGGAAGCAGCUAGUGCUGAGAGCAGGUGGGAGGCCCAGAUGGUCCGAGGGAGGGCUUCAGUGCUGGGGAAAGGGGCAGGCAGCCCCCAAGAAUGUCCUCAGAGAGGGGGUGGCUCCUGUAAGCGUCCUUUUCCUCCACCAUCCGUGGGCCAUUCGGAGCAGAAUCUGCCGCUCCCUGCCCAGAAGUGUGCAGAGGAUGUAAGAUAAUUUUGUGAAAUAGUGUACCAUAGGCUCACACCAACUGUAUAUACCUGUACAUAUCAGAAGCAGGAAUAAAGUGCCACGUGCAGCA